AAAGCAACAAAGAAGUUACCUUCAGAUUUAUUCAAAACAACAGAAAUGAUUGUCUUCAUCUUGCUAAGUCUUGCUGCAGUGCUGCAACAUUCUUUUGGAGAUGUUAAUUUUGAAUCUGAGUCACCCAGGAGAAAAGAAAAGCAAGAUGAGAUUGUUAACAUGCACAAUUCUUUGAGGAGAUCAGUGAGUCCAACAGCUAGCAACAUGCUAAGAAUGGAAUGGUAUCCUGAAGCUGCUUCGAAUGCAGAACGUUGGGCGUAUCAGUGCUUUUAUGAUCACAGUUCAGAAAAUUCAAGAAUUCUUGAUGGAAUAAAAUGUGGUGAAAAUAUAUUCAUGUCAAGUAAUGCCAGGACAUGGGCUGAAAUGAUUCAGUCUUGGUAUGAUGAAAACAAAAACUUCGUAUAUGGCGUUGGAGCAAAUCCAGCAGGUUCUGUUGUUGGUCAUUAUACUCAGAUAGUUUGGUACAAAAGUUACCGUAUUGGUUGUGCUGCUGCCUAUUGUCCUUCAUAUCCCUACAACUACUUCUAUGUUUGUCAGUACUGCCCAGCAGGGAACAUGGAAGGUUUAACUGCUACUCCAUAUAAAUCAGGGCCAUCUUGUGCAGACUGUCCUUCGGCUUGUGACAACGGACUGUGCACAAAUCCUUGCUUACGAGAGAAUGCGUUAAGCAACUGCAAUGAGUUAAAGGAAAAAUAUAGCUGCCAGCAUGAUUUCGUCAGGACAAACUGCCCUGCUACUUGCUUCUGCCAAAAUGAAAUAAUAUAG